AUGGGUGUAUGGGACGUCAUCGUCAAUGGUCCUAAUCAAACUAAAAUGACCAAUGGUGAAGGAGUCAUUGUGCUAAAAUUGAAAAAUAAAUGGAAUGAUAAUGAUAAGAAGUUGUGGUCUCAUGAUUGGAAAGCACAAGAUAUUCUCAUAUAUGUAUUAGGUGUUGAUGAGUAUUAUCGUGUCUUUCAUUGUGAAAUCGCCAAGGUUAUGUGGGACGCAUUAGAAGUUUCCAAUGAGGGAACUAAUAAAGUCAUACAAGCUAAUAUCAAUACUUUGAAUCAACAAUUUGAACUCUUUCGUAUGAAGCAUAGUGAAACCAUUGCCAACCUGCAAAAGAAAUUCAUACAUCUUAUUAAUAGAUUGAAUGCUCUAGGUAACUGUAUCUUCAAUGCUAUUGCUACUAACAAGGUUUUAAUAUGUCUUAACAGGGAUUAG